AUGAACAUCACCAGCACAGGACAUACGGAUCAAACUCGGUCAAAACCCAACCCUCGUCUCACUGCGGCUGACAUUGCCGCUCUGUUCAGCGCUAACAAUGGCACUUAACGAGAGCAAGUUCAAUUAGUUCCGAAGCUGUGGUAUACGGUACGGCGACGUCCAUCUGAGGAAAUGUUCAAUCCAAGGUGUACACUAUCCACAACCAAGCAUGUUGGAGGAAGUGUGACGGUUUACGCUGCCUCCUCAAUCGGGAUAGCCCCUUUUUUAAAAAUUGAUGGCACGAUGACAGGGGAGUUUUACAGGAACAUGACACUUUCUUGCCGUGGGCACAGCAUCAUUGUGAACAGCGAACCAGACUUCCAGAGUGGUGGAACCACUCAUUGGACUUGA